AUGGUGCUGACACGCGAACAAGGUACACCUGUGAUGACCAGCUUGACGCAGACAUGCCGUGGCAGCGUUGCCCGCGGAGCUGGCUGUCAGAGCAACCCGCCAGCUGUGGACAUGCUGACAGACUGUGUGGCAAAAGGCCUGCUUCCAGGCGAUGCCGUCAUCACGUGCUACGCAGUGGCUCCAGAUGACAGUGUCAUCCCGGCAGACUCCUGUGAUGCCAUCGCGGAUAAGGGCGUCAUUGGCAUGUAUGCUGUGGGCGGGCUCUCGGAUUUUUCGAGCGGGGUUGUGAAGGUUCAAGUUCAGAACACUGAUAUCAACUUCGCCCCCAGGUAUGGAGGUGCCACUGCUUUAGUGAGGCGAAUGGGAGAAGCCCGCGGGGUUGUUCUUGGUGUUUCUCUCGCGCAAGCGGGCAAUCCAUGCCCAACUGUGCCCGUUGUCAACAACUCCCAAGAUCUCAGUUCCUGCAACAAUGCCUUUGAUGGCUUCCUUUGUGCGGUUCCAUGUGCAACAGGAUUUAUCCCGAGUGGUGGAGGUUACAUUUGCAACAACGGAACCUAUGAAGCGCUCGAGACCAUUCCCCAGUGUGUGCAAACAUGUGCACAGGCAUACCAUCCCUGCCAGCCUGGAUUCAUCCAACAGUCUGCGGAGGCUCCUGCUGUGAGUGAAGACUUUUGCUGCUUGAGGACUUGCGCAGCUCACACUUGCCCAGCAGGGCACAUUCCUGUUCAAGCGAAGUUGGCCUCUACGGUUGUGUCGGAUGCCGACUGCUGUGAAAUGACUUGCAGCGCUUUCGACUGUCCCUCAGGCUACGUGAGGAAUCCGAGCAUGCUGACGAGUGCGCCGGUGUCGCAGCAAACUUGCUGCGUGGAAUCUUGCUCUCGCUUCUCAUGCCCGGCAGAUCAUGCGACCUGCGCCACAUUUGGGUGCCCGGACGGUUAUGUUGCAAAUCCAGCUCAGAGUGCCUCCACCGUACUGUCGCGAGCAAGUUGCUGCGAAGCCACCUGUGCUACCUUCACGUGCCCUGCAGGCUAUGUGACAGACCUUGCAGGGCUGGCGUCCACCACGCUGUCCCAGUCCAGCUGCUGCAAAGCGACAUGUGCCACUUUCACAUGCCCUGCAGAUUACAUAGCUCGUCCAUUGCUUUCACGAUCAACUACGGUGACCCAGUCCAACUGCUGUCAAGCCACUUGUGCCACAUUCACCUGCCCUGCAGAUUAUGUGGCCAACCCAGACCGCAGGCUGGCCACUGAUCUCAGUCAGCAGAGCUGCUGCCAAGCCACUUGUGCAACUUUCUCGUGCCCUACAGGAUUUGUAGCAAACCUGUCCAACUCUGCGUCCACGCUGGUGUACACAGAGGAAUGCUGCACAGCUCAAUGUGCUGCGCUCAGCGUGUGCCCUGCAGGCUAUGUGGAAAUCAGCUCCAACUUUGGAACCAGUACCUCCGAGUGCUGCUUGGCGACCUGUGCUGUGUUUCCAUGUCCAGACGGGCAAGUUGCAGAUGCCUCCCAGGCCACUUCUACGAGCGUGUCUGUAAGUGACUGCUGCCAGGACACGUGUGCCCUGUUUACGUGCCCGGCAGAUUAUGUGCCAAACCCAGCUGCUGUCAGCAGCACCAAUCUCACAACUGAGACAUGUUGCGAGGCCACAUGUGCCACAUUCACAUGCCCUGCAAAUUACCUUCCGGUGGACGAGUCCUCUUCCAUCACUGCCGUGUCUCUUGGUAGCUGCUGCUCGGCAACGUGUGCGACUCUGACAUGCCCAGCAGGGACCCAAGCAAUUGCGCAUCGCCAGUCCUCUACACUGGUGACUCAGUCGCAUUGUUGCGAAGACACUUGUGCCACCUUCCAAUGCUAUGGAGGCUUUGUCGUGGAUCCCGCCCAGACACCCUCGACCACAGUGACCUUGGACAACUGCUGCCGUCCGACAUGUGCGCUCUUUGCUUGCCCGAUGAGUCAUGUCGCAGAUCCAGCAAAAUCAGCCCUCACCGAUCUUUCUGUGUCAGACUGCUGCCAGCCGACGUGUGCUGCUUUUCAAUGCCCCUCUGGCUAUCUGCCCGACCUGGUUGCAUCCGCCUCAAUCGACGUCUCAACGGGAGCCUGCUGCGAUGCAACUUGCGCAACAUUCAGCUGUCCCGUCGCAUAUGUAUCUGAUCUCAGCCAGCUCACGUCAACUGUGGUGAACCAGGAAACAUGCUGUGAGGCCACCUGUGCCAGCCUCGCCUGUAACGCUGGCUACUCGCCAGUUCUCGACCAAGAGACCUCCACAAAUGUCUCUCAGUCGAACUGCUGUGCGGCAACUUGUGCAGUCUACCAGUGUCCCGAAGGUUUCACCGCCAACCCUGCCAACCAGUCUUCCACAAAUUUGGACGUGACGAGCUGCUGCCUUCCAACGUGUGCUACUUUGCUGUGCCCUGCGGGUUGGGAGUUUGCCUUGGGCCAGGAAAACUCCACGGACGUCACGGUUGAGACUUGCUGCGAGAGCUGCCCGGCAGGCAGCUUCAAGACCGAUGAGGACCCGGUGUCUGGCCCAGGCUAUUUGAGGGAACGUUGCGCAUUGUGCCUGCCAGGGUUUUGGAAUCCUUCGAUCGGGCAGCGCGCGUGCAGCGCUUGCCCAGCGAAUUGGACAACGCCGGCUGAAGGUGCCACGCAAUCUUCCCAGUGCACUUGCAAGGAGGGCUUUUACAAGGAUGACGGACUUUGCAUAAGUUGCAUGGCCAAUGCGGUGUGCCCCGGGGCUGAUUUUCAGCCUCACUCGUCCCACGGCCACUGGAGUCCUGACGCGCGAACCUUCUGGAGCUGCUUUCCUUCAGACUCCUGCCUGGCGGGCAGCACAACAUCCACCAAUGAAUGUGCCGCUGGAAGGGCUCCGGAUGGUGUUCGAUGUGUGCCAUGUGCAGAGGACCAUUACAUGACAAACGCCGUAUGCUACCAGUGCAGCGGAUUCCAGAAGGUCCUUAGCAUCAUGGGACGGAUUGUUCUAGUCCUGGCUUUGCUUGCCACCAUGGUGAUCCUGCGAUGGGAGGCUGCCACGGAUGUCCUGAAUACCAGCUUCCGAGAGGUCUGCAGGCAUCACAAGAAGGUCUUGGGACGGCUGGGGCAGGCCAUGACAAUGGAAGCCGAAGCUACGCUGUUCUUUGCAGCCAUUGCAGUCCUGCAGUUCCUGUGGGUGUUUACGUUGUUCCCGAACUGGCAAUCGAGCACAGGGCCCCUUCAGGAUGUUUGGAAAGCCAUCGUGACCCUCGCUGCUUUCGAUACCAGCGUGUUCACACACUGUUCUCUGGGCAGUUCUUUCAUCAACAACUGGUCUCUAGACUGGUGCUUGCACUGGGCAAUCGUUUUGGGGAACAUGGUGCUGGUGCUUGUGCAGUUCGUCAUGGCAAAGGCUACUAAGACCACUAAGACCCACCUCACAGGCAUACUGAUGGAAAGCACCUCCUUCCUGAUCAUGCUCCUGAUUACUGCUCGAUUCAGGCUGGACCUGAUCUUCGUCAACUGCGUGAGAUGCGAAUCUGGGCGGAUGUGCCUGGCUGAGGAUCCUCUGUUGUAUUGCGGCUUCAAGGACGGCUCAGAGGAGUGGAAGAGGCUAGCCUACGUCUCCAUAGCCGAUCUCUCGGUUUGGAGCUUGCUGCUGUCUUUGGUAUUCUUUGCCAUGGUGAGGACCUGGAAGUGGCAGUGUGGUGAAGGUGAAGGUGUGACCUCAAGCGGCCGAGUCCACUGGUACGUGCUCUUCGCGGAACCUUGGACCAAGCAUCUGAAGGGCCACUCCGGGUCCUUGCGCCGUGCGGUGCAAGACUUCCCGACCUUCACCGAGCACCUCCAGACGCCAGCAUCCCGGAAGGAGGUCUGGCAACGGUUCAACUCCCACGUGCUCGAGAAGAAGGAGCAGGAUAUGGCAGAGCUUGCCCUGAAGAUGGUGGCGCUCACUGAGCAGAAAGAAGGCAAUGGCACCGACGGCCCCCAGGUACCGAAAGGGACGGAGCACUUGGACGUUGACAUUGCAGACAUGGCCGAGAAGGUUCAAGAGCUCUACCCAAAGAGCAAGUGGUUCUUCCUGUUAGAGCUGUUCUGGUCCUGCUCAUGGUCAUGGUUGCGGACUCUCUUCAGGGUGGCGAUGACAGUGGCAGUCAUGACCCUUCCGAGAGACUCCGGGAACUCCGAUUCAAGGACGAUAGAAUGCUCCUUCGUGCUGAUGGGGUUGUUGGCGUUCGCAGGCUUGAUGAAGGCAAACCGUUGGGAGUUUGUGAACGACUGGGAAAUUCUUCUCUACGCGCUAUCGCUGGGAGUCCUAAUCCUGCUGCAGGCCGGGAACACGGUCUCCGUCGCAGUCCUGGCGAGCGCUACCGUUUUCGUGGCCGUGGCUCCGGUUCUCCUCUACCUUUUCGCAUUUGCCAUCCGCCGCUGCCUCACCAACGUGGAGGCGACGCAGAGCAAGCCCAAGUCACAGGCGUUGGAGGGCAUCAUCCACAAAUGCUUUGCCAAGGAAGCCGACGGAAACGAGGGGCCCACCGUCCAGGCGGUCGACGUCUCCUUCUGA